AGUCUAUGCCUCAUCGAUGUCCGACUCAUCCUCUGCCGCGUUUACGUUCCCCACAAGUAGCAACCCGUUCGUCGGCUCUUCGAACGAUGGCUCAUUCUGGAGCGGCGCCGGCGGUCCCGCGCUCGUCGUGAUUUUGGUCGCCAUCGGCCUCCUCACUACGCUGCUUGUCGCGCUGCUCGUAGUGAGGCACAGGCGCCUGCAGUUCGACGACGACGACUUCGACUUCGACUACGGACCUCUGACCGUGAACCGUUUGCGCAAGCGGAAGUUCGGGCCGAAGCCGAAGAUCUUUGAGCUGCCUAUUGCAUACGAGAAAGAAGACUACGAGAAGGGAGAUAUUGAGAGGUGGACGGGUAUCGUGCCUCUCUCUGCUGUCUUCGUCGCAGAAAAACCCACUCGAUCAUGGUCAAGGGACUCUGAGAAAACCCCCAUAAGCAGCCCGACGAGCUCGAAUGCCUCACCAACGUGCGGGAGUAGUCCGCCUGUUCAGCCUUCGCCACUUGUCUAUUCCACACCAGAACCUGUUACGCCCGCCUCAUCCUUCAGCCUGCGACAUCUGCGUCGGUCACCCAGCGACACCCAUGGUUCCCCAUCACCCGAACCCGAGCCCGCACUCGUCCCAGAUAUGAUGCAUAUCGCAGUCGCAAUUGCUAUGCCUCGUCCUCCGAGUCCGCCGGCGGGGCGAUCUACGCCCGAAUCAGCUACACGGAGCAGAUCAGCUACCCCGACAGCAGUGCCUGAGCUGUGCUUAGGGAUCGCACAGGUGCAGGGUGUAGAUGAGGACCGGUGGAGCGAGCUGCAUGUGCAGGCAGCUCAGACAGAGAAAGAGGAGUAGCUGGAAAAGGCUCUGCGGGGAGAUGCCUGGCGGCCCUCAUGAUCGCGACGACUUCAUCACGACUCUCUCUCGAUGACCCCGUAGCUUAUACUAUACCAUAGUAAGAUGUAGCUUAGAAAUUUUGUUGUAUUUUGUCUGCUUCUUUCAGACGUACUGUUCAAAGUAUAGUAGUCGGUGCUCAUGCCAGCAAAU